CCAAAACAGCACAUCAUGCUCACGUUCUCCUGCAGCACUAACGUGGCCUGUGUCUGUCCAGGUAGUUUGGCUGCUUGUGGUCAGCAUAUUGCAUGCUCCCCAUCUCAUCCUGUGGCCUGUAGCGGUGGGGGUGGUGGAUGCUCAUAUGCAGAACUGACCCUUCUCCUGCAUUUUCCAUCCCAGCUGGAGAGCUACAUCCAGGAGAAUGUGAAGAUGGAGAUGGCUGAAAUCCAGCUGCAUGCAGUGCAGAACCACACAGCUGCCAUGCUGGAGAUGGGCACCAGCCUGCUGAGCCAGACAGCUGAGCAGACCCGCAAGCUCACUGACGUGGAGACACAGGUUCUCAACCACACGUCACGGCUGGAGAUCCAGAUGCUGGAGAACUCCCUGUCCACUCAGAAGCUGGAGAAACAGCUGCUGCUGCAGACACAGGAAAUAAAUAAACUCCAGGAGAAGAACAGCCUCUUGGAGAAGAAGGUCCUGGACAUGGAAGGCAGGCAUGAGGAGGAGCUCCAAGGGCUGAAAGCUGAGAAGCUGGAGAUGCAGGGCCUUCUGUCGCAGCAAGCCCAGCUCAUUUGGGAACUGCAGCAGCACCUCGCCUCAGCCUCGGACAACGGCACAGUGCUGCAGAGACAGCAGGCCUCGCUUGUGGAGACGGUGCACCAGCUCCUGGGGCUGGUCUCACAAUGCAACCACAUCUCCCCGGCACCCCAGGAUGAGAAGAUGGCGUUCCAGGACUGCGCAGCUGCAUUCAGAUCGGGCCUGGCCACCAGUGGAGUCUACACCCUGCACUUCCCCAACUCCACAGGCAUCACCAGAGCCUUAUGUGACAUGGAGACCAGCGGAGGAGGCUGGACCAUCAUCCAGCACCGGAAGGACGGGUCCGUGGACUUCCACCGCACCUGGAAGGAAUAUAAACAAGGUUUUGGGGCCCCACCUGGAGAAUACUGGCUGGGCAAUGACUUUAUCCACCAGCUCACCACUCAGCGAGCCUACUCCCUCCGGGUCCAGCUCCGGGACUGGGAUGGCAACGAGGCCUACUCCCUAUACCAGCACUUCCACUUGGGCAGCGAGGAGCAAAAUUACCGGCUCCACGUGCAGGACUACAGCGGCACAGCCGGGCGGACAAGCAGCCUCAGCCCCAUGGGAACAGACUUCAGUACCAAGGAUGCUGACCACGACCGAUGUGGCUGCAAGUGUGCUCAAAUGGCAACGGGAGGCUGGUGGUUCGAUGCCUGUGGCCCCUCCAACCUGAAUGGGGUGUACUACCCAGCCAGCUCCACAACAGUCCGGUACAAUGGCAUGAAGUGGCACUACUGGAAGGGGCCCAGCCACAGGCUGAAGGCCACGACCAUGAUGAUCCGGCCAGCAGACUUCUGAGGGUGGGCGGCAAGCUCGGGCUGUCCCACCUCCACUGAGGAAAGACUGGCCUGGCAGAGAGCUGAGCUGCACAGCCCCAGUCGCGGAGGCUUCUGAGUCACUGAGGCUGCGACCAGCCUUGGCACCAUGGCAUGUCAGCGUCUAACCCCAGGGGAGCAAAAAUGUGGUGAGCACUAGCUCAACCCUGGACUCUGCAUCACCCCUGCUGCUCAGGCUCAAAACAGCACCAGGCCUGUGUCCCAUGGGCAGGGCAGCACAAGCAAUUGCAAGCAGGGGGCUCUUCCUGCUCCACAAACCAAGCCUGUGCUUAUGUCUUAGUCUGUCCUUGUGUUAGUAGCUGGCUUGCACACAAAUGGCUGGUGUGCCAAGGCUGGUAAUGGUGCCCUGCUCAUGGAUGUGAGGGGCUGAUACCCAUAUGGACAAUGCGACUGUGCUGGACUGGGUUCCUGGGCCUGGGGCAAGGCUAGGACAAGCAGGGGGUGGGGGUGAGCAUGGGCCUGAACCCCAGGGUCCACAUCAGAACAGCCCUAAGGCCAGCAAUGUAGGCCCAGUCUUUGCUUCAGCCCAUUACAAGCCUUAAGGCCUAUGUA